AUGGCGUCAUGCUCGAGCAAUGCAGCAAACGACAUCUACAGGCUGAUGUUUAAGACGGCCUUCUCCCAACAAGCACGCAGCUUCUCAAGCUCGGCACGGUCUGCAAAGUCCAGCACCAACCAGUUUGUGCUCGGUGCAUCGCUCAUUGCAGGUGCAUCCGGACUUGCGUACUACGCCGUCUCGCCCAAGGCACUAACAGACCCCAAUGAGUGGGUCUCACUUCCGCUGAUUGAAUCGAAGCAGGUCAACCACAACACCAAGACCCUUAAAUUCGCCUUGCCAACGGAAGACCAUGUCAUUGGUCUCAAUGUCGCAUCUGCCUUGUUGACAAAAUAUCAGGGACCCAAUGAUGAGAAGCCAACCAUUCGACCAUACACGCCCAUCUCCGACGAAGAUGCCAAGGGCUAUGUUGAGCUCAUGGUCAAAAAAUACCCUAACGGACCCAUGUCAACGCACCUCUGCGAGCUUGAAGCUGAUCAGCGCAUCUUGUUCAAGGGCCCUAUUGAAAAGUACAAGUACGAAGCCAACAAGCACUCCACAGUCGGUCUUCUCGCUGCUGGUACUGGUAUCACACCCAUGUACCAGCUUAUUCGCGCCAUUAUGAAGAACCCAGAGGACAAGACAAAGAUUGUGCUGGUUUCCUGCAACAUCACAGUCGAGGAUAUCCUUCUCAAGCACGAGUUUGAGAAGCUUGAGCAACUUCACCCAGACAGAUUUAAGGCUUUCUACCUGCUUGAAAAGGCACCCAACGACUGGCCGGGACAGCCGGGUCGUAUUAGCAAGGAGCUCUUGAAGACUGUGCUUCCUGGACCUGGCGUCAAGGAUUUCAAGGCCUUUGUGUGUGGGCCACCUGGAUUCUACGCAGCUGUCUGUGCCAAUAAAAAGUCACCCAAAGAUCAAGGCGAUCUUGGCGGUCUAUUGGCUGAGCUUGGCUACAGCAAGGACCAGGUCUUCAAGUUCUAG